CCACCCUUAACUAUAUCUCUUUUCUUCUCGCUUAAAUUUUUUAUUCCGUACUGAUUCCAAACCCUAGAAACAGCUCUUUCGAUCUGUGAUCAUGGAGGUCACUGCAAUUUCCGGCGAGCCGAGGAUCUAUCAGCUCCUGGUGAUGCUUUUGGAGAGGAAAACCCUAAUUUUGAGGUACACAACCCCUCAAGUAAGCGCGAACGAUGUCAAGCACCGUCUCCAGGAAAUCACCAAAAUACCCUCGCAUAUCCAGCGGUUGAUCACCGGAUCGCGCCAGCUAGAGGAUGAUUCUGUGCUUUCGUGUUCCGACGAGGGUCGGCGCUUCCCGACGGUGCAUUUGACGCUUCGUCUUCGCGGCGGGAAGGGAGGGUUUGGGUCGCUGCUUCGAGGCGCGGGGACAAGGAACUUGAAGAAGACGAACAACUUUGACGCGUGUCGCGAUAUGAGUGGGAGAAGGCUGAGACACGUGAACGCAGAGAAGAGGCUGGAGGAGUGGAAAGCGACGGAGGAGGAGAGGAAACUGGAGAAGAAGGCCCAUGAGUUUUUAAAGAAGGUUGCGAAGAAAGGAAAGAAGGGCGCUGGAGAUGGUGAGGCCGAGAAGUACGUCGCUAAGUAUAGGGCAGAGUCCGAACGCUGUGUGUCUGAGGUUUUGGAUUCGGUUAGAGAGGCCGUGAAAGGAAAGCGUGAAGAGGGCUUGAAAGGGAAGCGUAAAGGGGCUCUCAAGGGCGAUGCUGCUGAGGCUAAGCGAUUGAAGAUAUGGAUGGGAAAGCGCGAAUUGGGUGUAAGUGAUAGUGAUGAUUCAGAUGACGAUGAUGAGAGCGACGUAGGAAAGGAGAGUGAGAAAUCCACUGUAUUGAAUAAUGGGAAUCAUUCGGAUUCUAGUAAUGGCGAUGGUAGUUCUGGUUCUGUUACUAGUGUGAAACAGGGCGGAGAAUUUUCUGGAGGCAGCUCAUCCGAGAGUGGCCCAGAGGUAGAAGAAAAAGCUAGUAAUAUGCAGGAAACCAAAGAAUCUAGUGGAAUCCCAAUUGUAAAUUCUCUUCCUUGUGAGGGGAAUGAUGUGUAUGGACCAGUGAGUCACGACGAGAAUAUGGAUCAGCCUUCAACUGUAUCUUGUUCCGAGCUCACUAUUAAUUCUGAAACUGAAGCAGUACAAGAUGAAAAAGUUCCUGUACUGGACAAUGUUCCCACGUCAAGCUGUGGGAAUGGUGUUGAAACCUUACCAUCGACUUCUGAACCCCGUCCAAUAGAAUCCGUUCCAGGAGUUCAAGUAGAGGCAAGUUCAAGUGGCAAUGCUGUGGAUACUGAAACUCCACUGGACUUUGAUCUAAUCAAUUCGGCUGCUGAACUAGAGGCUCUUGGCUUGGAAAGGUUAAAGUCUGAACUCCAAACUCGUGGAUUAAAAUGUGGAGGUACUCUCCAGGAGCGCGCAGCUAGGCUUUUCCUGCUAAAAUCUACGCCUUUAGAGAAGCUUCCCAAAAAGUUGCUUGCUAAAAAAUGAGUGUUUGUUGUUUUUUAUUUCGUCUUCUUUAACGGCCAACCAAUUUUCCUUCGUACUGUGUGUCUGGAAAUUUGAAUUGUAUAUGUAGAACUGGCCUAGUUCUGAGUCUUGACUACUCUGCCAUAAUGCGGAUGGAAUAAUAUUUCAAUCAGAUGUCACUUUCAACAUUAUUAUGUAACUGAUCUAAGCUUACAAUAAUGAAUGUUAUAAUUACAACAGAUA